ACACGUCGCUUAAACGCAUAACUAUUAGACCAUUUUGAACUAAGCAGGUGAAAUAUAUUUUGUGUAUACAUAACUUUAAAUGCAUGCCGACAUUUUCUUUCCAUCAAAAGACGCGCUAGACUCUGACAAGAAGAUGUCUGUGAGACGGGACUUUAUCUGUGGUCAAUUGUUUGGCGUGCUUUUAGUCUGUGCUGGUUUUGUCGGAGGAAUUAUUGUUGGUAUCUACGUUUAUCAUGGAGGACCGGAUAGUGAAGUUACUUGUAAGAACCUACCAGACUGGCUUAAAGAUGGAGAAAAAACUACGAAGUAUGUCCAAACAAAGUAUACAACAACUUCUCCAUCUACUGUAGUGACAGAAAUGGAAAAGAAGACUUUUACCUACACCAUUAACAAUCAAAUACAAGAGCCAUAUUUCAACAACAGCGUUACCAUGGAGAUCGAGAACCAUAAUCCGCUUAUCUACUAUAUGGAAAAGUCUGUUGAUGAAGAUCCUGAAGUUUUCACAAGAUUCAAAACUACUUACUUCUCACAGUUAGGAUACUUUAUCGACUCUAUCAAUAGUAUAGCUGGAAACUUUGCAGACGAUAAAACCUACUGGCAAAUAUUUAAUAAUUCAGGGCCUCUAAAAGUUGGUGUUAGUACUUACAUUCCAAUGGAUGGAGACGUCGUGCUAUUCAAUUUUACUGUAUAUUCUAAUGACACUCAUUCGUGGAAAUAGAAGAAGUGUACAUCAGUAGCGACAGACAUAUAUUCAAACGGCUUAACAAAACAACACUUAGAUGUUCU